UUCAAAAGACGUUCCGCAUGCAGGACUUAAUCUUCGUUACGCAAGGGUGAAAUUUUCCAUUCAAGGUGAAAAUAUCGUUAAUUGCUGUCAAUAAAUUUUUCAAAGGAAAAAACAACCCAGAACAUUCAUUUCGUGACAGAAUCGAAAGGCCGAGAACGAUUUGAAAUCGGACCCAAGCUCUUCGCGGGAUUUUCAAAACAAAAAUGGCGACCUCCUUUCAAGGUUGACUACACUGUUAGCGAAAAAUGAGUAAACGGAAAGCACCUGAGCAGAAUCCAAACAGUGAUUUUUGCGAUUUCCUUAUCGAGCUUGCAGAAUACGAAAAGAACGUGUCAAGGCAGAUACACAAGCACAAUGCAUACCGGAAAGCUGCAUCAGUAUUAGCAAAACACCCAACUCGCAUCAAAAAUGGACAAGAAGCACGUCAAUUGCCUGGGAUUGGAGAUAAAAUUGGGAAGAAGAUAGAUGAGUUUAUCAAAACAGGAAAGUUGGAAAAGCUUGAAAAGAUAAGAGCAGAUGACAGUACCAAAGCCAUACAGGAGCUGACAAGAGUGUCUGGUAUUGGGCCUGCUGCUGCACACAAGUUUGUAGAAGAUGGAGUGGUAUCACUAGAAGGUUUGAAAAAGGUUCAAGAACGUCUUAAUCACCACCAGAAAAUUGGACUCAAAUAUCUUGAAGAAUUUGAGAAGCGUAUACCACGAGAUGAGAUGCUGCAACUUCAGGAAAUAAUCUUAAAGAAAAUAGAAAAGUAUGACAAAGAUGUUAUCCCAACAGUUUGUGGAAGUUUUAGGAGAGGAGCCUCUUCUAGUGGAGACAUUGACGUAUUAGUGACACACCCUUCGUUUGUGUCUACCGAUACCGACUUUGACAAGAAGGCUCUUCUGCGUGGUAUCGUUGACACGCUGACUAAAGCGGGCUUUGUGACAGAUUCAAUAUCCCUCGGUGAUACUAAGUUUAUGGGGGUCUGUAUCCUACCGAAAUCAGAAAAAUCAUUACACAGAAGGAUUGAUAUCAGGUUAAUCCCUAAUGAUCAGUACUUCUGUGGGAUUUUGUACUUCACUGGCAGUGACGAAUUUAACAGAAGAAUGCGACACGAGGCAUUAGAGAAAGGUUUUACUCUCAAUGAAUAUUCUAUAAGGCCACUGGGAAGCACAGGUGUACCGGGAGAACCGAUUCCAGUCUCAAGUGAACAAGACAUCUUUGAAAUAAUCGGCAUGGAUUACAAAGAACCGACUGAGAGGAAUCUUUGAGGGAAAUUGCGUCCCAAAAGUCAUUGAUAAUUUUCUCUAAAGCCUUUGUUGUGUGCUUCUCGUACGAUCAACGUUGAAUAACUCUAUUACGGACAUUGCUCUCGCCUCGAGGUUCGAUCGAGGUUGUCAGUAAGCUAUUUAAGCUCUAUCAAAUGAACCAUAACAGGGUUUUAGGACUGAUGUUGGAAAAAGUGAGGCUGUACUUAUAAAUAUGCAUUUAUUUAGACGGUG